AUGGAGGACCGUCUGGAAGACUUGACGCGUGCCGCCGCGGCGCAAUUUGGGGCAGGGCUCCGCUACGCAAGCGACUUUGGAACCAGUUGGGUGUACCAGCAACUCGAUAUGCAAAGAGGCAAUCGGGUGUCCAAGACUGUGUCGCGAUUAUACAUGUCGACUUGGAACGCAUUGGACCGCAUGUAUCCAGAAAGAGUGGUUGAUUGGCCGCAUUUGCCUGAGCCACGUCCGAUGUUGCACGAGGAGACGCAUUUUCAUGCCCUGGGACGGACAAAGCCAUUGACACAAGAUGUCAUUCUGUCUGCGUAUUCGCCGCAGGCUGUGCGAAUGGCUGCGCAGGGGAAUGAGGAUGAGUUCUUCGCCGCGAUUUUUGCUAACCCGCCUUUGCAAAUGGAUCUGACGUGGACAAGGAAGGAGCGCAAGCGCGGUUUGAAGGGGCCCACGGAGGAGUGGCCCCUUCAGGCGCAACAUCUGGCAAAGGAAGAGCAGCCCUUGUCGCAAAUUUUUCAGCGGCCGUCCACUGCGGAGGUCACGGAGGUCGAGGCGGCAGGAGUCGGCGAAGUGUACCGCUUUGACUACACGGAGCAGGCGGUGAGACAUCAGAUUCAUCCACGGCGACUGCACAAUCGGAUAUCCGGCUUAUGCUGGAACGCCGGCGCGGAGUGCGACCUCAUGGAUUUGCAACGGUUGGAGAGCUUGGAAUACAGUGUCGUCGCUGUCGCAGAAUCAGGAUUGGCAGUUGCAAUGCCCGAGGAUUUUCUGGCUCGGAGCGGGCAGUUGGUUCAGGCAGUGACUGAAGACCUACCGUCGGGGCAGUGGGCCUUGAGGGGGAUCUUCGGCAAGUUCGACCUAAGAGUUCCAGAGGGGUGGCCUUUGCAGCAUCUUGUCGUGGGGUCUGCUCACCUAAAUAACAUGGUGGCACGUGAAAAGAGAGGACGAACCAGAGAUCUGCUGCAGCAGUUAUUUGCCGCGGCAGUGGAGGCUUCUUGCGACAUUUUAGGUCUUGACCUGAAUCAAGGUUUGGGCCAGUUGUCGGAUGAACUGAGGAUAUUCAUUCAGAGGAACAACUUGCAGCCAGUCGCAACAGAACUGUUGGGAAAUUGCGAAGGCGAUUGCUGCGGGUGGCUACAGCUUCCUGGCUCGCAACUCUUAAAUCUGGCCGUACAAAGACACGGCCACAUCCCUUUCGACCAUAGAGACUUGCGAAUCCGCAUGUAUGACACGGACUCCCACUACCCUGCCUUCGUCUUUCACUCCGUGGACAACAGUCGCACCAGAGGAGAAGCGAGCACUGCAAGGCUCAAAAGGAAAGAACGUAAGGAGGAGAAGCUGGAGCAGAAGAGAGUCAGCCAUGUCGAUGAGAUUCGCAGCAUCCGCGUGAACAGCUCCGACGGUGGCGAGGCCGAUGCAGAGAAGAUCAUCGUCGCAGUCGACAGGUGUUUGAGCAAGCGCAUGGUCGCCGCCGAUAUGGACGAUUGGAAGCUGCAGAAGCUGAACAAGGUGCGGCGGGCCGAGAUUGUGACCCGGCUUGUGCGCCAGAACAUCAGCUUGCAGGAGUUCGGCAGCGAGUGGGUGGACGAUGCCCCAACCAUCGCAGCCACCAAGCUGGCCGGCCAACAGGCGGCGGAGGAGAUCGCGCACAAGGAGUUCGCGGAGACGAUCGCCAACACCCUGUCCGGCUCUAUGCUGAGCGCAGAGGCCGUGCAGGAGUUCGCGGCCAAGCUGCAGGAGAUGGCCGAGAUGUGCGGGAAGGGAGACGAGGGGGAACAGUUGGCGCAGGAUGAGCUGAAGCUCUUGAAAGGCAACAUGAACAUGUCAGCGAUGGAGUCCACCGUGGCGCACGAGCUGGCGGAGCACGUGCAGAACAUGUGUCAGGUGAACGUGCUGGACAUGGAUUUCUUUGUCACGCGCCUGGGAGAUCCCGGCGACUGUAGUGAGCUGAUCGGGGCUUCCUUGCUGUCAAGGAUGCGCAAGGAAACCCAGAAGUUGGACUACUAUGCCAAGUCCAGUGUGGUGCUUCACACGAAGGAGAACGGCCUUGGCCACCACUUUCUGAAGCUUCUGAUGCGUGAGAAGGGGGAGAGCGAUGACUUCAAGGCGCGGCUGAGGAACGCCACGGGGGAGCACGCUGAGCACCUACCGAGCAUGAGCCGCCUGCGCUUGCUGGACUUGAAGCACUUUGAGCACGUGCACGGCUACACCGUGGAGAGGUACUGCAAGGGCAACCUUCACUCACAGGAGGCGGCCCAGUGGGUCCGCGAGAGCCCUGAGAUUCAGCGCUACGUGGACUGCCUCUGCACACGGCAGCAGCCCUCCUUGCUCUGCGACCUGCAACAUUCGGAGGAGCUGGAGACCCUCCGGCCCGCCAUCACGCGGCGCCUGGUCGCGGCCCAGACGUCCGCCAACAGCGCCAGCCUGCUGCAAGUCGCCGAAAGCCUCAAGUCCAAAGGCAUCGGCUUGGGGCCUUGCCUUAGCGGUGGGGGCCUCUCCUGCAACUUCUGCGUGAGUGGGCAGUGCAUGGAUCAAGGCGGAGGCUUCUCCUUGAACCACCUCUCAGCCCUGACGACCCUGCUUAAGGGGCCGCAGAGCUGCCUCUCAGGAGACUGCUCCUUGUGCAUGGGCUUGAAGCCGGGUGACCCCCUGGAGUUCGUUCUGAGCUUUGGGGUUGCCAUGGAGUGCGGCAGCACUGCCGAGAUGUUCACCAGCUUCCACAUUUGGGCCGCCCUAACGCUUUGCAUUGGUGGUGUGCUUGGAAAGAUUGCAAACGCCAUUGGCUGGUCGGCCUGCGCCGGACUGGCUCACGUCGGCUACUUCCCAUUCAUCAACAAGAUGACGAUCCGGAUCUCGCUGCCCAUUUUCAUCCCGCCGCCCCUCGGGCUGGCGGCUCCCAUCGAGGUGAACCUGAACCUCGGUGACCUGACCCCUGCCGUAUAUUCCUACUGCGGUGGCCUGGGCCAUGGGGAGUACAACUGCCUCCAGAGCAUGUUUGAUGCCCGCGGGCCCACCGGCGUCAGCAUGGGUGUGGACUUGCUCGUGGGCGUCCAAAUCCCCGUGCUGGGCACCGUGGGGAAGUGGGUGCGGAUUUUAGGGUUCGAGCUGACGGAGAAGGACAACUCGAGGGAGUUGGCGAUGAACAAGGCCGGGGUCACCAUUGAGUACAUCGGCAAGAGCUCGCACUCGCUGGUUUGCGGGAAGACCUUCUCCAACGUCGAUUGCGUCCAACAUGCGGGCGACCCGGGCUUCCGCGCGAACACUCAAGACAACCACAAAGGAGACCGGUUCCACGUCUACCGCAACCCUCAGGACCCGAACGACCCUCGGGCCGUGUGCGUGAAGCGCGUGGACAAGAACUCGGGGUGGGGCAUGGAGCUUGAGUUGGCGUGCAAGGUGGACAACAACCAGGGUGGCGGGGGUGGCAUCCUCAUCCCUUUGGGCAAGACCGUUCACAACAAGAAGUGCGUGAUGCCUUCGGAGCCGGUGUUUUGCCACGGCGACUCGGGAAACCGGGGACAUCGCUUGGGCUUCGACAGCCGGGAUGACGACUUCCAGAUUACCCAGGAGGGUGGCCGCGUGUGCGGGCAUCUUGUGCAUCGUCGGCGGAGGCGCCGGCGCCACCGGCGGCGCCGCCACAACCCUAAUGGCUGGGACUUGAACUUGGUGCUCGAGUGCGACUCACAAGGCCAUGAAAUGGACUACGUGGUGCAGGAUGUGAACUUCGGGAAAAGCCAGACCGACUACCGGUGUAUCUUGCCCACACACCGCAUGGAGUGCGACCACGAUGCCGGCAAUGCGGACAAGCGCGCCAACGACCACAAGAACGGUGACACCUUCGAAAUCUGGAACUCGCACACGCAGCACCUCUGCGCAAGGCGGACCGACAAGCACUCGGGGUGGGGCAUGGACUUGAAGGUUCAGUGCAAGCAGUACGAGAAGCUUUGGGACAGGGUGAAGGUGACGAUCGGCGGCAGCCAGCACAACGAAAAGUGCGUCCCAGAGCCCCGAAAGCACAUCCGCUGUGAUGAUUUGGCCGCCAACCCGCAGUAUCGCUUCACUCGGACGGAAAAGGGGGACAGCUUCUACAUUUCUCAGAGGGAUGGGCAUGUUUGUGCCCGCCGCACAGAUUCGCAUGGCGGCUGGGGCAUGCACCUGGAGAUCGAGUGCAAGGGGCUGCUGGGACCCUUUAUGGAUGUCCACAUCGGGCCAGGCUACACGCCAGCUGGCUACCGCUGUGUGUUGCCGACCCACCAGCUGGAGUGUGACGCUGACGCGGGCGACGUGCACAAAAGGCUGAAUCCCGAUCCACACCACAACACUUUUGCCAUCUGGACAUCUCACACCAGACACAUCUGUGCCAGACGGACCGAUGCGCCAGGAGGUUGGGGCAUGGAUCUCAAGAUUCAGUGCCAACCUGGCAGAAAGCUCUGGGACACGAUCGUGGUGGACAUCGGGGCCAGCCACAGCAACGAGAAGUGCGUGGCGGCACCAAACGACCGGGUCAAAUGCGACUACUUGGCCGCGAACGCGGAGUACCGCAAGACGGCGACGCACUAUACCGACUCUUACAACGUCGAGCACAAGGGCAGCCAAAUCUGCGUGCGGCGGACCGAUGACCCUACACUUGGCUGGGGGGCUCCCAUCGUCAUUGAGUGCAAGGAGACCCCGGAGGAUCGGAUGGUUGUCCACAUUGGUCCGGGACAAACGCCCUCCAACUAUGUCUGCGUUUUGCCGACUCACAAGCUGGAGUGUGAUGCCGAUGCAGGUGACGUUCAAAAAAGGCUAAACCCUGAUCCACAUGGUGACAAGUUUACCAUUUGGACCUCGCACACAAAUCACAUUUGUGCGAGACGCGCAGAUGGGGGCACACAUUGGGGGAUGGACCUGCAGAUAGACUGCAAGAAAGGCAAGAAGCUCUGGGACAAGAUCGAGGUGGACAUCGGGGCCAGCCACAGCAACGAGAAGUGCGUGGCGGCACCAAACGACCGGGUCAAAUGCGACUACUUGGCCGCGAAUGCCGAGUACCGCAAGACAGCGAAGCAAUUCACCGACUCUUACAACGUCGAGCACAGGGGCAGCCAAAUCUGCGUGCGGCGGACCGAUGACCCUACACUUGGCUGGGCGGCUCACAUCGUAAUUGAGUGCAAGGAGCACUAG